AUGGCGCUGCUUGCUCCGGCCGCGGUUGUCUUCGAGACGGCUGUAACUGUGCCACGUGUCGCCAGAACAGUGGUUCCAGCAUCUCGCGUCGCUUCGCGUGGAGUGUUCCUCCUGCCUGUGCGAUCUCGAGGCGCAUUUGCGAGGCGCUCGUCCUCGAUAACACGCGCCGCGGCUCAACAGCCGGAAACGCAGCAAGCAGAGAGCGCUGCGAGCCCAGCAGUGGAGGACGGCAACAGCAGCGAUGUUGACGUCAGCAAAGAAAUCUCCAAGGCGGUGAAGAAGACAGCAACCACGUUUGCCCCGCGCGCGUCCACCAAGUCAAAGAACCCCGCCGUGCCCGGAUCAACCCUCUACACCAUCUUUGAGGCCCAGGCCUACCUCAGCGCCGCGUUUGGCGGACUGCUCUCCUACAACCUGCUCUUCCCCUCGGACGAGCCUGAUAUCUGGCGCCUCAUGGGCAUGUGGUCCAUCUGGAUGUUCACCAUCCCGUCGCUGCGAGCGAGGGACUGCAGUGAGAACGAGAAGACAGCACUCAACUACCUCUUCCUCGUCGUGCCACUAGUCAACGUCACGCUGCCGCUCGUCUGGAAGUCAUUUGCUGCCGUCUGGACCGCAGACGUCAUUGUCUUCACACUCUUCUACGCCUGGAAGCUAGAGUGGUUCUCUAAGAAGGAAAGCGAUUCAGACUCGUAG